AUGGACCAAAUGCUGCCAAGUCCAUAUAACAUACCUGGUAUAGGUACCCCCCUACAUCAACCAGAAGAGGAUCAACAAAUCUUACCAAAUGCAAUGCAGCAACAACAACAUCAUCAGCAGCAGCAGCAGCAACAUUCCUUAGCUUCCUUAGGUUCUUCACCACUUGUAGGAUUUGGUGCGUCCUUAAUGGGCACACCUCAAAGAUCUAUACACACUUAUGCACCAACCGCUAGUUAUGCGACACCACAGCAAAUGAUGCAACCGCAAACACCGCAAAAUAUGAUGUCACCAAUGAUCACAAGUGGCAGUCUUGUGGGGCAGCAGGUUCUUGGUCAAGCAAGUCCAGCACCUAUGACUCCCAUGACCCCGCACUCAGCUGAUCCAGGAAUUUUGCCUCAAUUGCAAAACAUUGUAUCAACUGUUAAUCUCAAUUGUAAGUUGGAUUUAAAGAAAAUAGCACUUCAUGCUCGUAAUGCUGAAUAUAACCCAAAGCGAUUUGCUGCUGUUAUCAUGAGAAUCAGAGAACCAAGGACUACUGCCCUAAUAUUUUCUUCAGGAAAAAUGGUUUGCACUGGUGCCAAAAGUGAAGAAGACUCAAGGCUAGCUGCUAGAAAGUAUGCUAGAAUUAUUCAGAAGCUUGGAUUUACUGCCAAAUUUUUAGACUUCAAAAUACAGAAUAUGGUUGGCAGUUGCGACGUAAAAUUUCCAAUCCGUCUUGAAGGUUUAGUGCUCACACAUGGUCAGUUCAGUUCCUAUGAACCAGAGCUUUUUCCAGGACUUAUAUAUCGUAUGGUGAAACCGAGAAUAGUAUUACUGAUCUUCGUGUCAGGUAAAGUAGUGUUAACUGGUGCCAAAGUUCGACAGGAAAUAUACGAAGCAUUUGACAAUAUUUACCCUAUUUUGAAGAGUUUUAAGAAACAAUAG